AUGAGGGGCUUCACCUCCUUUACAGUUUUACUUCUCUGCAGUCACAGCUGGAUGUCUGAGUCUCACACUGUGGAGUCUGGUGAUGAAGUCACACUGAUGUGCUCCAACAUUUCCACCAGUCCAACUCUGGCAGAGUGGUUCAGAGUGGUCAACAGAACUAAGCCCAGCUGCAUCUCCGCUAUGUACGGUGCUAACGGCACACCUUCAUUCUGUGACGGAUUUCAAAUGGGAAAAUAUGAAAUGACUUCCAACAUCACUACUGUCUUUCUGAAGAUCAAGCAAGUGGAUAUAUCUGACGCCGGGCUGUAUUUCUGUGGAUUUUACAGAAAACAUACGGUUAUUGCCAAUUCAACUGAGCUGAGCAUUCAAGGAAAUGAUGAAUCCGAUGACGAAGGGGAUUUAAAGACUGCCGACAAACCUGACACAAUCGCAUACCUAAUGAGCAUGAUCCUUGGUGGUUUGACUGUUUUGCUCACUAUAGUAGUCCUUGUACAGGCUGUAAAAAUCUGGAAACUCCAAAAAGCUGUGAAUGGAGAAUCACAAACAGAAAAAAGCGAGAAUCUGAGGUCAGAUGAUGGGAACUACGCAGCUGUAACUUUCCAGACAAGAUUGAAAAGACACCACGGGCCUGCAGCAAAGAGAGAAAUGGAGACACAUGUUGUUUAUGCUGCCACCAGAUAAACUCAGGAGGCUCCUGGAACUGCAAAUCAGAGUUCAACUCAUGCCUUAUCAUAUUCACCUGCUGAUGUAUUUUCUGUGUGUGUGUAGCAAACAAAACAAGCCCUAGCAAAAAAUAAAGCUUCUGUAUUCAG